AUGGAAAAAUUGAAGAUAUCUGAAUGGGGAGAGAAGCUAAAAACAGGAGGAGCUCAGAUGAGCAGAAUGGUGAGUGAAAAAUUCAAAGACAUCAUUCAAGCUCCCACCUUGGAAUCCAAAAUGGUUGAUGAAGCUACUCUGGAGACUCUUGAGGAGCCUAACUGGGGAAUGAACAUGAGGAUAUGCGCUCAGAUCAACAACAAGGAGUUCAACGCUACAAAGAUCGUUAAAGCCAUCAAGAGGAAGAUCUCUUGUAAAAGCCCUGUUAGCCAGAGGCUAAGCCUUGAGCUUCUUGAGGCUUGUGCUAUGAACUGUGAGAGGAUUUUCUCUGAGGUUGCUUCUGAGGGGGUUCUUGAUGAGAUGGUUUGGUUGGUUAAGAAUGGUGAAGGUGAGAAUAGAAAGCGAGCUUUUCAGCUUAUUAGAGCUUGGGGACGGUCUAAAGGUCUUACUUAUCUUCCUGUUUUCAAGCAGACUUAUAUGAGUUUGGAAGGAGAGAAUGGUUUAAUGGCUAGUAACGAGGAGAAUCCAGUGGCGGGGGGACAGAGUUCUUUGGAGUCUCUUAUGCAACGGCCUGUUCUUGUUCCUCCACCAGGUAGCUAUCCGGUUCCUAUUCAAGAACAGGGUCGUGGAGACCAUGAUGGUGGUCUUCUUGAUUAUAACUUUGGAAGCUUGUCGAUUAAAGAUAAGAGAGAACAGAUUGAGAUUACACGGAACAGCCUUGAGUUGCUCUCUAGCAUGUUGAACUCUGAAGGGAAGCCGAAUCACACAGAGGACGAGCUAACGGUGAGCUUGAUGGAGAAAUGUAAGCAGUCACAGCCGUUGAUUGAAAUGAUCAUAGAGAGUACAACAGAUGAUGAGAGUGUCCUUUUUGAGGCUUUGCAUCUGAAUGAUGAGCUUCAACGUGUUUUAUCUAUUUACGAGAAGCCUGAUGAAACUGAGAAGAAGGCAUCUAAAGUGGAACAAGAAUCAUCAGGAAGCAAAGAUGCUGCUGGUCCAAAACCAACAGAUGAACAUCAUGUGAAACAAAAAGAUGAAUCACCAGGAUCCUCCAACAAGACUGGUAAAGAGGAUAAGCAGGUGAAAAUAGAACUCGGGUUGUCGAGUGAUGAAGAUGAGAAAUGA